UCUCUAGCGCAUACAGAAUUUGCAACGCCGCAGAAAACAGGAAAAAAGUUAGCCUUCCGUGGUUUAUUUACCGACGAAUUGCCUAAAGUUAAUAUAUAUUUAGGUUUAAAGUGAAAAUAGUGACAUAGUCACGAGAAAAAGUUCUCAGGCAGCCCCAUUAUUGCAAGAGCAUAACGCACCCGCUCAUGAGUAGUCAUAGAGACGGACCCGGAGCUGAACUCGAUCGCAUCACAGUUAAAAUCCACAACAUGAAACGUAGCGCCUCGCGCUCCCCAGGCCCUGGACCAGGCCGAGGCAACAUGCCUCCCAGGAACUCCAGGAGCAUGGGACGUGGCUACGACAACGGCAGCGGAGUGCCGGGCGACUCGCCCGAGCGCAUCUCACCGGAGCGCAUGCGACGCCGCUUGGAUCGUUCGCCGAGUCCACGUGGCCGCUACGGAUCGCCGCAUCGGGAGCAGUACAUGCGUGGGCCUCCGUCUGCCGAACGUCCUGCCGCGUACAAGGUUUUGUGUGUGAGUGCACUUCCCCCCAAGGCACCAGACGAGUUCGUCGAGGAGACGCUGUACCGCGAGUACAAGAAAUUCGGGGACUUUAGUGUGCGCAUCGCGCACGAUCUCGACGAGCGGGUGGCAUAUGUGUGCUUCCGCACACCCGACGAUGCUCGUGAGGCGAAGCAUCACAAGCCGCGCCUGAUCAUCUACGACAAAAUGGUGAUGGUGGAGCCAGUGUACAAGUCGAUACCCCGUCCUGACUACAGACCUCGCGGACACUCUAUAUCGCCGCCGGACUACGAACGUUAUCACUACUCGCGCUCGCCCAUGGGGCCAGGCGGUCCCAUCGACCACCGCCGGCCUCCGAUUGAUCCGUACGAUCGUUACGGUCCACCACAUAUGCAUCCGCAUGCGGUGCAUCCACGCGAGUACCGUCCCAUGCACCACGAGUAUCCUCAUCCCCCGCGCGGUCCCCCGAUGCACCGUGGCCAUCCGCAUCAUCUGCAUGGCCAUCCACCGCCCCAUCAGUAUGCCCCCAUGAGGCCCAUGGCACCGCGGGCACCGCACGUUCCGUAUGAGAAGCCGGAGAGCAAAAAGGACAAGUUUCCCAACUAUCUGCACCACGUGCAGCCCGAGGAUGAUCCGCUCUCGACGCGCACUCUGUUCGCCGGCAACCUGGAGGUGACCAUUGCCGACGAUGAGCUGCGUCGCAUCUUCAGCAAGUACGGCGUGGUCGAUGACAUCGAUAUAAAGCGGCCACCGCCUGGCACCGGCAACGCGUUCGCCUUUGUGCGCUACCAGAAUCUUGACAUGGCUCAUCGGGCCAAAAUCGAACUAUCCGGACAGUACAUUGGCAAGUUCCAGUGCAAGAUUGGCUACGGCAAAGUGACGCCAGCUACACGCAUGUGGAUCGGCGGACUGGGUGCCUGGACGUCGGUGACACAGAUUGAGCGUGAAUUCGACCGCUUCGGUGCCAUCAAGAAGAUUGAGUAUCAAAAGGGCGAGCCCUACGCGUACAUACAGUACGAGACGGUGGAGGCAGCCACCGCAGCGGUCAAGGAGAUGCGCGGCUUCCCCCUGGGCGGUCCGGAGCGCAGGCUGCGCACUGACUUUGCAGAGCUGCCGGGCGCAACACCAGCGGCACCGUUCAAGACCUCCAAGCCACCAUACGAUGAGAGUGCACUGGAGUAUCGACGCCCAGAGUAUGAUCCCUACUACGAGGAGGCACCUGUAUAUGCUCCUCGGGGCGGCUAUUCGCCCUAUCCGCCGCGUGGCGGUUACCGCGGUCGUGGUGGCUAUCGCGGACGUGGUCGCGGCAUGUAUCACUAUCACAAUGAUGUGCACAGGCCUCCACACCCUGGCUCGCUGGGCGGUGGGCCAUCGUCGGUGCCGCCGCCAGGCGGAGUGGAUGAUGAGUGGCGUCGUCCACCGGGCGAGUCUUACGAUCGGACAGCGCGUUCCAUUUCACGCGAACCGGGCGUUGAGCGUUCCCGCUCCCGUUCGCCCCUCAAGCGCGGCCGUUCUCCAGGCUCCGACUCGGACACAUCGACGCGACGCAACGAUGCACUCGGCACUGCCACCACAGUACCAGAAGUGGCACGCAAGUGCGGCACUGUGUGGACGGGAGCCCUGAUCCUUAAGAGCUCCCUCUUCCCCGCCAAGUUCCAUUUGACAGACGGCGACACGGACAUCGUAGAGUCUCUGAUGCGGGACGAGGAGGGCAAGCACAACCUACGCAUCACCCAGAGACUGCGCCUAGAUCCUCCCAAGCUGGAUGAUGUGCAGAAGCGCAUCGCCUCCUCAUCGGCGCAUGCCAUCUUCAUGGGUCUGGCCGGAUCCACGGUAGACACCAAUUGCGAUGACACAAGCGUUCAGACGCGCCCACUGCGCAACCUUGUGUCCUACCUUAAGCAAAAGGAGGCGGCUGGUGUGAUCUCCUUGCUGAACAAGGAGACGGAGGCGACGGGAGUUUUGUAUGCCUUCCCCCCCUGUGACUUUUCCACAGAGCUACUGAAGCGCACGUGCGUCAGCCUCACCGAAGAGGCCCUCAAGGAGGAUCAUCUCGUCAUUGUUGUGGUGCGCGGUGGAACGGCCUAAGUUGGGUGGGGCAGGGAUGGGGAGGAGAGCGAAAGUGCUGGACAAACUGCGAGGUAAAAGCUAUCCACAGGGCUCUUUGGAGAGAUCUCCCCGCCACAAUGUAACUAUUAAGUAGAGAACCUAUUGUAACAAAGAGCCCCCUAAAUGGGGGAGACAACAUACACGCAUGGGUCGUGUAUGUGGUGGACACGAGACAUCCUAGACAUCACACAUCCAUACACAUAAAACACAUUCGACUCUCACUUAGCCAUAGAAAAAUGUAACGCACCCAUGCACC